ACACACAGAUGCGCACACAUACAGAGCGGUGGUAGUAGCAUCAGCAGCUGCUGCGUGUGCCUCCUCUCCUGGCUCGGCUCAGCUCCGCUCUGCUCCCUCUCUCCUCUCUCUCUCUCUCCCUUCUCCCUCUCUCUGGCGCUCUGACUGUCUUGUGCGUGUGCGUGUGUGCGUGUGUAUGUGUGUGUGUGUGUGUGUGUGUGUGUGCUCGGCUUCAGCGUGAGGGGCACCUGCUCGUCUGGGCUGCACAGCAGAGCCUGCCGAGGCUGUGGCUAGCGCGAGCUGCCCCCGCUGCUGCUGCUGUUGUUACUGCCGCUGCCACCACCGCUCCCGGGGCUCCCGGCGCCAGUCUCCUCGCCGCUGCCGCUGUUGCCGCCGCCGUGCGAGUGAGUUGGGAUCGGUGGGGCUUCCCCCUUCGCUGCCUUGCUCCUUCCCCGCCUGCCUGCAAGUCAGCCUGGCUCCGAGUCACGUGUCAGUGCCUGAGGCAGAGACUGAGAGGAAAAAAAAGCGCUUCAUUCCUUCUUCCACCGCCAUACUGUAUUUUAUACUAAAUCUCAUUUUUAUUCCAACAUUUUACUCCCGCUCGUGGAAGGUUUUUCUGGAAAAAAAAAAAUGAAGUGCGGUUUGGUUUCCUUGUCAACGGAAGAUGAAGUGAACAACUGAGCAUCUCCCAGUGCAGAUACAAAAAGUAAGAACUGAACCCAAAAUUAGAACAUUUGUUUCCCAGUCCUCUGCUGACUUCAUUGAACUGCUCUGCCUUCUAGCAAUAGAAUGCCCACAGGGUUAAAACGUGAGACAACCAUGACCGGCAAAACACAGACCAGCAACGUCACUAAUAAGAAUGAUCCCAAAUCCAUCAAUUCCCGUGUUUUCAUUGGCAAUCUGAACACAGCCAUCGUCAAAAAAGGUGACAUAGAAGCCAUCUUUGCAAAAUAUGGAAAAAUAGUCGGCUGCUCGGUGCAUAAAGGUUAUGCGUUUGUUCAGUAUAUGAGUGAGCGACAUGCCAGGGCUGCAGUGGCAGGAGAAAAUGCCAGGAUCAUUGCAGGUCAACCACUUGAUAUCAACAUGGCUGGAGAACCCAAACCCUAUAGACCCAAACCUGGAAACAAGAGGCCCCUUUCAGCUCUUUACAGACUUGAAUCAAAGGAGCCAUUCCUGUCUGUUGGUGGUUAUGUCUUUGAUUAUGAUUACUACAGAGAUGAUUUCUACAAUCGGUUGUUUGAUUACCACGGGCGUGUGCCCCCACCUCCCCGAGCAGUGAUACCCCUGAAGCGUCCCCGUGUGGCUGUGACAGCAACUCGUCGAGGCAAAGGUGUUUUUUCCAUGAAAGGGGGAUCAAAAUCUACAUCAAGUGGAACUUCUUCUUCAGGAUCAAAAUUGAAAUCAGAUGAGUUACAGACAAUCAAGAAAGAAUUAACCCAAAUCAAAACUAAAAUUGACUCCUUGCUAGGGAGACUGGAGAAGAUUGAAAAGCAGCAGAAGGCUGAGGCAGCCAUUUGCUCUUUUCCCUCAGAAGCUCAAAAGAAGCAAAUGGAAGAUAACAUAGAGCUGAACCAAGAGGAAUGUGUGUCAGAGAAUGCAGAUAACUCUACAGAAGAACCUAUUGAAGGAGGACCAGAUGCAGAUGGAGAUGGAGAAGAGAUGACUGAUGGCAUAGAGGAGGACUUCGAUGAAGAUGGAAGUAAUGAGCUGUUUCUACAGAUAAAGUGAUCUGAAGUCACAUGUGACACCUGUAUAUGAUGAAAAGAGAAACUGUGACCACCCUCCCCCAGAAAUGUGAACUGCGGUUUCUUACUGGAUAGCAUCAUCCUCGAUCAAAUUUGUAUGAAAACUCAAGUAAAUAAAAUGGACAGUAUUGUUCUACCUUAUAAACACCAUUUCUUAUAUGUUCUGAGUUGUACAAUUGUCAGAUUUUUAUGGUUUAGAUUGUAAACUGUGUUGUUGUUUUUUUUCCUGGCAAAUUAUUGCUCUUUUGUUUUUAAAUUUUAAUGUCUUAAAGGCCAGUGUACUGUAUGAUAAUGUGAAGGACAUAUAUAAAAGGUAAGGGAGACACUGUAUACAAAUGUAUAUUUGUAAAAGCUAUUUUUAUGAUUAGCAUGUUUUACUGUUUAUCAUAUUUAAAGUCGAGUGAUAUCGCAAUUAUCUGUUUAAAGCUUAAUUCUAACAAAACACAUUAUGAUUAGACAUGUUGUAUGCUAGUUCUCAUUAUUUUUGGUUUUUAGACUUCCUAGUUAUAACUUCAGUUCAUAGGCAUAAAAUACCAAUGCAAAGUUAUAUUUCUGCUCUCUAUAUGCACUGUUAGAAAUGCUGAAGAAUGCAAAUUUUUCAAAUGCGAUAUGAAUCAUUCAAAACCUAUCAUUUUCACCUGAUGUCUUUAAAAUGAGCAUGCUCAGCUCCCCUAGUCAGGGACAAGCCAAUUAUUAACAAUCUAUCUGAGUGAUGCCUCACUCAGAAGUAUGGAAUCACCCUGAGAAAUGGCCAUACCAGUGCAAAUGAUAUCUCUGUUUCCUCUCAAGUGAAAUGACAAUUUUCCUCCCAAAUCCAAAAUUUUUAAAUGAGAUUUAACACUUCAUUCAUCUUCUGAUCAUAGGAGCUUUCCAUUACUGAGCAUACCAAGUGUUCUCCAGAUGCUAUAGCUAUUGUCUUGUGUGAUGGACAUAGAAGAGUCCACAUUCACAGAGACUGUAGGAGAAUUCAACAUAUAAUUUCUUA